AUGGCAGACGGUACAGCGCAGGCGGAUGGUCAACAUGACCUCGGGAAUGGCAGGAAGCACAUCCUCCUUAAUGCCUUUGAUAUGUCGACGAUAGGGCACCUGUCGCCGGGGCAGUGGAAGAAUCCCAAAGACAAGUCGGCGACGAAGCGAGACCUGAACUACUGGAUCGAUCUCGCGAAGCUGCUGGAGCGGGGCGGGAUCAACGCGCUGUUCCUAGCCGACACAUACGGAGGAUAUGACACAUACGAGGGUUCACUUGACAACUGUAUCCGACGGGCAGCCCAAUGGCCCAUGACAGACCCGACUAUUCCCAUCUCUGCGAUGGCGGCAGUUACCAAAAGCCUGGCCUUUGGGAUCACAGCGUCGACGUCGUUCGAGCCGCCGUUUCUUCUGGCCAAGCGGUUUUCGACACUGGAUCAUUUCACUUGUGGAAGACUCGGCUGGAAUAUCGUGACGGGGUGGAAGAAGGCCGCCUUCAAAGCCAUCGGGCUAGACAGCCCCAUAGACCACGACGAACGAUACCGCCAGGCAGACGAGUACCUCCGGGUUCUCUACAAGUUGUGGGAAGGAUCAUGGGCGGAAAACGCGAUCGAUCCAGAUCCGGAGAACGACAGCUACGCAGAUCCAGACCGUAUCCGCACAAUUCACCACCACGGGCAGUACUACAACCUGGACACACGGCACAUCGUAGACCCAUCUCCUCAGCGGACGCCGUUCCUGUUCCAGGCAGGGACAUCCCCAGCGGGGUCCGCAUUCGCGGCGGCGCACGCCGAGGCCAUCUUCGUGUCGUCACACUCGCCGGCGGUGCUGCGGCCCAAGGUGCAGAAGAUCCGCGAGCUGGCGGCGGAGAAGGGGCGCGACCCGCGGUCGGUCAAGGUCUUUGCGACAUUCACACCCAUCAUCGGGCGGACGGACGAGGAGGCUCAGGACAAGUACGAGGAGCUAAAGAAGUACGCGUCGGUCAUCGGCGGGCUGGUGCUGUUCAGCGGGUGGACGGGUAUCGAUAUCUCCAAGAUCCCGCUGGACCAGGAGAUCACGGCGGCGGAUUCGCUGGAGGCACACAAGGUGCGCAGCAUCCUGGACAGCUUCACGACGACGAGCAAGGAGGUCCCCAAGUGGACGCCCCGCGUGGUGGCGGAGCGGGCGUGCAUCGGUGGGCUGGGCCCCGUGUCGGUCGGGCGCCCGCAGACGGUGGCGGACGAGCUCGAGGCGUGGGUGCGCGAGGCGGACGUGGACGGCUUCAACCUCGGGUACGUGACGACGCCGGGGACGUUCGAGGAGGUCGUCGACCUGCUGGUCCCGGAGCUGAGGAGACGCGGCCUGUACCCGGAGCCGCUGGAGGAGCAGCUCACGGCCCGGGAGAAGAUCUACGGUAAGGGCCAGAAGGGGCUGCGGGACGACCACACGGGUAGCAGGUACAGGUACGAUGUCUACCAGGAGGAGCCCGCAUACGUCAAGGAGCAGGGCAAGAGCGAGGAUGCCUCACAGCCGCAGGCGAGCUGA